GCGUAUUGUCGAAUUUCCAUGAAAAGUGUUGUCUAUUUUAGCAAGUAAUCUAGUAUUAAAAAUUCAUUUGUUUGUUUGAUUUCGAGUUUGCGAUUCCAGACGACCGAAAAAUGCCAGUUAGAAAAGCAAUACAUGCUGGUAGUUGGUACACAGAUUCAGGUCCUGAAUUAUCGCGACAGCUCGAAUAUUGGCUACAUCAAGCCGAUUUAAUCCACGGUCCUGCUCGAGCUAUAAUUGCUCCACAUGCAGGUUAUCAGUAUUGUGGGGCUUGUGGGGGGCACGCUUACAGACAAGUCAGUCCUGUCGUGGUAAGGCGUAUAUUUAUUUUAGGACCUUCUCACCAUGUCCGUUUAUCAGGAUGUGCCUUGUCUACAGCACGAAAAUACAAGACCCCCCUUUACGACUUACACAUAGAUUCACAAGUAAACGGCGAAUUAGAAAUGACGGGUCAAUUCGAAUGGAUGGAUUUAGAUACUGACGAAAAUGAGCACAGUAUUGAAAUGCAUUUACCCUACAUAGCGAAAGUUAUGGAAAAUUACAAACACCAAUUCACCAUAGUACCUAUUCUUGUGGGUUCUCUUAGUCCUGAACGGGAGGCUUGUUAUGGCCGAAUAUUGUCAAGUUACUUAGGAGAUCCUCAAAAUCUUUUUAUUAUUUCGUCAGAUUUCUGCCACUGGGGCCACCGGUUUCGUUACACGUAUUACGACCGUUCUUACGGUAAUAUCUACCAAUCGAUAGAAGAACUGGAUCGUUUGGGUAUGAACAUAAUAGAAAAUUUAAAUCCGACCGACUUUACGAAUUAUUUAAAGAAAUUCGGAAAUACGAUUUGUGGUAGACAUCCUAUCGGGAUACUUUUACAGGCCGUGCAAGAACUUUUACGCAACGAUAGUAGAAGAAACGCGAAUUUAAAAUUCCUGAAAUAUGCUCAGUCAAGUCAGUGUCGUAAUAUGAAUGACUCAUCAGUGAGUUACGCAUCAGCUGCCCUUGUGUUCGAGUAGUCAGUGGCCUUACAGCUAUCACAUUGACUGUUAUUAAAAUGGAACACCUUUGAUUAAUAAUUGUGCGAAAUUUUUUAUCUACCCUAGGGAUAAUUACGUUGAUUUUUAAGCUUAUUGUAACAAUUAAUUUUUGUAAAGCUAAAUUCUAAAAACCGAUAGUUUAGACUUUUGUUUUAAAUAGUAUGUAGGCCCCUUCAGCCACUUUUUACGGAAAAUACCUCGAUUUUCAAGGAUUAACAGAAAAGCAGAAAAAAUCGUGAAAACACCCCCGUUUUAAGGUAUAUUUUAAAAUUAAGAUUUUUUUUCUUGAAGUUAAAAAAUAUUAAUUUAUUUAGAAACAAGGUAAUAAAAAAAGAAUACAGCCCAAAUGAUCAAACAUUUUUUUUGAAAUUGACGUGUGGUAAACCCACAUCUUACUUUCAAACUCAUAUGUAUUGAUAAAAUCAAUGUUGUUUAAACAAUUAUCAGGAACACCUUGUUUGUGUGAUAUUAUUUGUCCUUCACGAGAUAAUUUUUUUAACAAUUUUUUCAGGAUUAACUUAAAAAAACUUGCGAGGCUCCUCUGCGGCCAUAUCAAAAUCCCGCACAUUGCAUGCACAACGAACUGGGGCAUAGCUUAUUGAUGCGUAAACUCUAUCAUCACUAUGUUUUUUUUCAACCACACGCAUUCCAAAAACCAUUUUAGUAAUAUGACGAAACAUUUUUUUUUAAAUCUUCCUCAUUAUGUGGAAAUGAAACGAGGAUUUCCUUUCCGCUUAAAUCGGGAGUCCUAUACUUGAUUUUGUAAACGACCGUAUACACACAUGCUGGCUGGCAAUUUCUUUUCCAUCGUGUGAUUUCAUGUAUCGUCACAUCUCUGUAUAAGCUCCAAAAAAAAAGUUCUGGGCGGCCUCCAUGUUUUCUGUAUGUAAACAACCAAUUAUCCACGGCAAUUCAUCUAAAUUAUUUAUACAUUAAAAGACAAAUAGACACAUAUGUAUUAAAACUUACUAUUACUCAAAUUCGGAUAAUCUCGAUAUAAUUCCUCUUUAUAAGCAUUCAUUAUGGAUAGAAAGAGGGGCACAUUGGUUAUUUUGUUCUGUGGGUUAUUUUAUUAUUCAAAUAAUCUUUUGGUGAAAUUUUUGUGGGAAAUGAAUUAAUUAAGAAACGAUGUUAAACCAAUUCAUUUAAUAAAAUUUUCGGUUGUUCCAAAGUAUAAGUAUAUUGGGACAAUGAAUAAAGUACCAAAAUAAAAUUUUUCUUUAACAGUUAAAAAUAAGAGUUAUUAUAAUUACAGUUAAUUAUUUCCGUCAUUUAUUAGAAAAAAUCAUAUGAAAAUAAUCACAGACGACUUUUCUGUUAACCCUUGAAAAUCGGGGUAUUUUCCGUAAAAAGUGGCUGUGUCUUGAAGGGGCCAACAUACUAUACUGUUUUAUAUAAGAGUAAUAGAUUAAGUUUGUUUAUUUUUUUACUAACAGUUCCACCAAGUGACAUCACUGUGAGUUGGGAGUGUUUUGGGAUGAACAAGAUAUUACGCAGCUCAGUUGGUCAUGACCAACUAAAAUAAAAUUCUUAAUUUGUUUCAGAAUCUUGUUAAUUUUAUCGUAAUAAUUUAAUUCAAUGUUAUUUGUUAAAUGUAGUGAUCGUUACUUUGUAUGCAUUUUGAAGAAAACAAACAAUGAAAUUUCGCAAUACAUAUAGAACUAAGGUUGUGAAAUUUUACAUUGUAGAGUCCCCGAAUUGUUUUAUACUUGCUAUAUGCAGUACAACUCUAAUAAUCUGGAAAAUGGGUGUUGAUCGCUUGGUAGUUGUAUUUAAGAGUACCAAAAUGUUAGAAAUAAAUUUUAUAUAGUGGAUCUGGAUAUUGGGAGUUAUGCUGUAUUUUUCAGUCCUGUGAAUUAAUAGUGCAACAGCUAGAAUUAGAAUUUUUGUUAUAUAUUAUGUUCACGUAAUUAGCUUAGGACUUAAUUAAAAGAGAAAACAGCGCGAAUUUUUAUGAAUUUAUUAAGUUCUUAAUUUAUACCUUUAUAUAAAUUUGAAUAGAUUAUGUGCUAAUGUUAGAAUAUGAUUAUAUACAAUAAAUUGUCCUACUGUAGGCCUACAGUUUGUAAGCCUAAAGACUGUAAAUUUACAAUAUGAAGUACAUAUGCCUUUAAUCAAUCAAUCUAUUGGAUGUAUAAACUGUGAAUGCAAUUUUAUAUCAUUCUUGUAACACAAAAAUAAAUGUGAAAAAUAUUUUAA